AUGUGCGAUGGUGGAGAGAAGGAAGACGAUGAGGCGGUGGAGAAGGAGGAGGGAGUGGCCGAGGACUACACAGCGCUGAAGCAGGGAUUCCUAAAGCUGCUUGAGAAGGCCGCGGCCGCCGUCGCUGGCUCACAUAAGACUGCCCAGCGCCGGUUGGUUUUGAUCAUCGAUGCGCUCAACCAGCUGGAUGAGAGCUACAACGCCCACUCGCUCGAUUGGCUUCCCCGUGAGUUGCCCAAGGGGCUACGAGUGGUGGUGAGCACAUUGCGCGGGAGCUGCCUGGACUCGAUUAACAGAAGGCCGAACGUGCAAAUCACUGUGGGACCGCUGGAUCUCGAUGAGAGGAAGGAGAUCGUGCGUAAGACGCUGUGGGAGUACCGAAAGAAGCUCGAUGAUAGGCAGAUGAAGCGGCUGCUCAGCAAGAAGGACGCCUAUAAGCCCCUCUACCUCAUCGUCGCAUGCGAGGAGCUGCGCGUGUUCGGAGUGUACGAGCUGGUCAGCGAACGCAUCGACUCCAUGGCCGACACCGUGCCGGCGCUAUUUGAGGAGGUGCUGAUGCGACUAGAAAAGGACCACGGGUGGGACCUGGUGCGAAACGCGCUCGCGCUGUUGCAGUGCUCUCGCGGCGGCCUGCUCGAAUCCGAGUGUAUUGAUUGGGGCAGAUGGUGA